CAGACGGUGUCGCUCCCAUUAAAGAUCGCUCAGUCUGCUGCAAUUGCUGAGGUGUUCCACAGCGUCUUGGGAGUUGUGAAGGCGCCCUUCUUCACAACAUUCAUCCAGGUCCUGUCUCGCUACUGGGCACUAUGGGGCAUAGUGGAGGUUGCUCCUGAAGCGACCAGCACAGGAGCUCUCACCCUGCUGAAGGCUGGGCCCGUAACACUCCAGCUGAACAUGAUCACUCUGCUGUUCUGCUGGAGCGUGACAGAAGUCCUGCGCUACGGCUUCUACGCAGUCAAGGAAUUGGGCAUUAUGCCGUACCCUCUGUUGUGGCUGCGCUACUCCACGUUUGUGAUUCUGUACCCAUUGGGAGUCGCCAGCGAGAUGACAAUGGUGUACCUUGCGAUGCCAGUCAUCCGAAAGGAGCGGCCGCUCAGCUUCAGCAUGCCCAACAGCUUCAACUUUGCUUUUGACUACUACGUGUUCUGCUGGAUUGCCAUAGCAUGCUAUGUGCCAGGCUUGCCAGAGCUGUACUUCCACAUGCUGAGGCAGCGCAAGAAGAUCUUGGGGGCACCAGCCAAGGCAGCGAAGAAGACGGCAUAA